AUGCGUAUCAGUGGCCACGCACAUUUAUGUUUCCUACCACCUGUUGACGAGCAAGGCACCUAUGCCGAAUUCAAAGGUCAUGUCAUUGGAGAGCAGCAAUCAGUAUACGGCAUUGCAGGACAACGGCUUUCAAAGUACAAUGAGCCCGACUGGAACGAUUGCCUUGAAUCAGUAAUCUAUUACGACUGCGUGGUCAAGGACUAUGAUAACGACAAGGAGUGGAAAGUGAUUGUGAGACGACCCAUAGGCAAUGAUGCAGCUGGGCUACUAUCAGCAACCAACAAUGAUGAAGAUGUAUCAUUAACGUUCUCUACUGAUCGACUAUUGGCUGGUCUCAAGGCACAACAACAUUGUCACGAAUUUCUUGGAAUCGACAACGGUAGCGAGGAUGCGAUUGUUUGUAUGGGCUCUAUUCAACUAGAGUUGCCGUGA